AUGGAAAUAAUAGAAGAUGAUCAUGAUCAUAGCAAUAAGAUGGGUGGAUCAUCUCUACCGCCCAUUGGAAUAUUAUUGGAAAAAGAUGUACCAGCAGCAGCAACAACAACGACGGUUGGGAUAUUAGUAUCGUCGGGAGGAAAUGAACUCUGCGGUGGUGGUUGUGAUGAUGAUAUAAGCAGAGAUAUUUUACAGUGUGUCUCACACGGUUCUGUUUCUGUGUGCGGUGGAAGACCGGAGAUGGAAGAUGCUGUUACUAUAGUACAAAACUUAUUACCUUCAUCAAAUAAUGUCCGUCCGCGCAACCAUGAUCAUGGGGGAGAAGUGAAAUAUGAUUUCUUUGGUGUGUAUGAUGGACAUGGUGGCUCCGUUGUAGCAAACCUAUGUUGUGAGCGGUUACAUAAGAUACUGGUGACUGAGACUGUAUCAUCAAAUCUAGAUGGGAUCGAGUGGGAGAAUGUCAUGGUGAGUUGCUUUGAAAAAAUGGAUAGAGAAGUAAGUGAAAAAGAAGUUGAAAUCAAAAGUAUUAAGUCGCAAGGAUCAACGGCUGUAGUUUCUUUGAUUAGCAAAGAUAAAAUUAUUGUUGCUAAUUGUGGUGAUUCUAGGGCUGUCUUGUCUCGUGCUGGCUCACCACCGAUCCCACUUUCCCAAGAUCAUAAGCCUGACAGGAAAGAUGAGAUGGAGAGAAUUGAAGCAGCUGGAGGAACGGUAAUCAACUGGAAUGGAUUCCGUGUUCUCGGUGUCCUUGCUACCUCUAGAUGCAUAGGCGAUCGCUACCUCAAGCCAUUUGUAACAUCUGUCCCGGAGGUCACGAUAACUUCACGAAACGAAAGCGAUGAGUUUCUGAUAUUUGCUAGUGAUGGUUUAUGGGAUGUUAUGUCAAACAAGAUGGCUUGUCAAAUAGCAAGGAAAUGUCUAGAAGGUAAAGUAGCAAGGAUAUCCUCAUCGCUUUUGGAUCAUACUUGUAAUGCUGCAUUCGCUGCGGCAGUUCUGGCUGAAGUUGCAAUGGCUAGAGGAAGUAAAGAUAAUAUCAGUGUUGUGAUAGUUGAGUUGAAGAAACUAAUCCAAGUAGAUGGCUAG